AUGUUUGAUAUUUCCAACCAUGAAUUCAUUACUCCAUUUGUUGUUGGUCUUCUGAUUGGCACAGGAGUUUCAUACGGUUAUCGCAACAUUCGACCACUACUCUCUGGUCCAUUAAAUGCACUUUCUGUAAACAAUAAACUAGUACUAGUGGUUAGAAAUGAUUUAGGAAUGACUAAAGGUAAAAUAGCGGCACAGUGUUCCCAUGCUUCUGUUGAAUGUUAUAAAGCGGCAAUGCAACAUAAACCUCAAAUGGCAAAAAUGUGGCAAAUGACCGGACAAAGGAAGAUUGUAGUUAGUAUUGGCAGUGGUGAAAAAGGUCUUCAAGAAUUGUCAAAGGUUGCAAAAUCCCACAAAGUGCUUUCUUGCAUUAUAUAUGACGCUGGAGCAACUCAAGUUAAAGCAGGAACAUCUACUGUAAUAGGUAUUGGUCCAGCUAACUCCGAUGUUAUUGACCAAAUCACUGGCCACUUAAAACUAAUUUAAGUUAUAGAAUUUCAAUAUAGUAUUUUAUUUUUAAAAGUAUUGAUUUUGUUUAUUAUUAAAUUAACUGUCAAUCUCAUUUGACAUGUAUAUUUUUGUAUAAUUUAGGUACAUUAAUAACACAGUGUAAUACUUUAUUUAGUUGGUAGAAAUAUAUUUUAAUAUAAUAUGUCUUAUAAUUUGA